AGGAAGGUUGAGAAAGGAGCAGUACUCGAAGAUAACUGUGCAGUUAAUUGACUUUUGUGGGUUAGAGGGGAGAUACUGUCGUUCUACAGGGACAGGAUCUUCCAGAGUGAGUGUUUUGGAAAUACUCUGUUAGAUAACUGUCUUCUUUUGAAGUUUAGUUGAAAAUUUCACAUGCAAUUAAAGCUUUAUCUUCAGUUCUCUUUUAGACUAUGGCGACAUAUCAGGAAUUCAUUCAGCAAAAUGAAGAACGGGAUGGUGUGCGUUUUAGUUGGAAUGUGUGGCCUUCCAGCCGUCUGGAGGCUACGAGAAUGGUUGUUCCCCUGGCUUGUCUCCUUACUCCUUUGAAAGGACGUCCAGACCUACCUCCUGUGCAGUAUGAACCUGUGCUUUGCAGCAGGCCAACUUGCAAAGCUGUUCUCAAUCCACUUUGUCAGGUUGAUUAUCGAGCAAAACUCUGGGCCUGUAAUUUCUGUUUCCAAAGAAAUCAGUUUCCUCCAGCUUAUGCAGGCAUAUCUGAGGUGAAUCAACCUGCUGAAUUGAUGCCCCAGUUUUCUACAAUUGAAUAUGUGAUACAGCGAGGUGCUCCAUCCCCUCUGAUCUUUCUCUAUGUGGUCGACACUUGCCUGGAGGAAGAUGACCUUCAAGCACUCAAAGAGUCCCUGCAGAUGUCCCUGAGUCUCCUUCCUCCAGAUGCUCUUGUGGGUCUGAUCACAUUUGGUAGGAUGGUACAGGUUCAUGAACUAAGCUGUGAAGGAAUCUCCAAAAGUUACGUCUUCCGAGGGACCAAGGAUUUAACAGCAAAGCAAAUACAGGAUAUGCUGGGCCUGACCAAGCCAGCUAUGCCCAUGCAGCAAGCAAGACCUGCUCAACCCCAGGAGCACCCUUUUGUUUCAAGCAGAUUUCUGCAGCCUGUUCACAAGAUAGACAUGAACUUCACUGACCUUCUUGGGGAGCUGCAGAGGGAUCCAUGGCCUGUAACUCAGGGGAAGAGACCUUUGAGAUCCACUGGUGUUGCUUUGUCUAUUGCUGUUGGCUUGUUAGAGGGCACUUUUCCAAACACGGGAGCCAGAAUCAUGUUGUUCACUGGAGGUCCCCCAACCCAAGGGCCUGGCAUGGUGGUUGGAGAUGAGUUAAAGAUUCCUAUUCGUUCCUGGCAUGAUAUUGAGAAAGAUAACACCCGUUUCAUGAAAAAGGCAACCAAGCACUAUGAGAUGCUUGCUAAUCGAGCUGCUGCAAAUGGUCACUGCAUUGAUAUUUAUGCUUGUGCUCUUGAUCAAACUGGACUUUUGGAGAUGAAGUGUUGUACAAAUCUUACUGGAGGGUACAUGGUUAUGGGAGAUUCUUUCAACACUUCUCUGUUCAAACAGACAUUCCAAAGAAUUUUUAGUAAAGACUUUCAUGGGGAUUUCCAAAUGGCAUUUGGUGCUGCUUUGGAAGUAAAGACCUCUCGAGAACUGAAGAUUGCAGGAGCCAUUGGUCCAUGUGUAUCUCUGAAAGUGAAAGGACCGUGUGUGUCAGAAAACGAGCUUGGUAUCGGUGGCACAAGUCAGUGGAAAAUCUGUGGCCUGGAUCCCACGUCUACACUUGGCGUCUACUUUGAAGUAGUCAAUCAGCACAAUGCCCCAAUCCCCCAAGGAGGCAGAGGUGCCAUCCAGUUUGUCACACAGUAUCAACACUCCAGCACCCAGAGACGCAUCCGUGUGACCACCAUUGCCCGAAAUUGGGCAGAUGCACAGAGUCAGCUUAGGCAUAUAGAAGCAGCAUUUGACCAGGAGGCCGCAGCAGUCUUGAUGGCACGGCUGGGAGUGUUCCGAGCAGAGUCAGAGGAAGGGCCUGAUGUGCUCCGGUGGCUGGACCGACAACUCAUCCGACUGUGUCAGAAGUUUGGACAGUAUAACAAAGAAGACCCCGCUUCUUUUAGGUUAUCAGAUUCCUUUUCUCUGUAUCCUCAGUUCAUGUUCCAUCUUAGAAGAUCUCCGUUUCUUCAAGUGUUUAACAACAGUCCUGAUGAGUCAUCGUACUACAGACACCAUUUUGCACGGCAGGAUCUGACCCAGUCCCUCAUCAUGAUCCAGCCCGUUCUCUACUCCUACUCUUUUCAUGGGCCACCAGAGCCAGUUCUCUUGGACAGCAGCAGCAUUCUAGCUGACAGAAUUUUGCUGAUGGACACUUUCUUCCAAAUUGUCAUUUAUCUUGGUGAGACCAUAGCCCAGUGGCGUAAAGCUGGAUACCAGGACAUGCCUGAAUAUGAAAACUUCAAGCACCUUCUGCAGGCACCAUUAGAUGAUGCUCAAGAAAUUCUGCAAGUGCGCUUCCCCAUGCCACGCUACAUUAACACGGAACAUGGAGGCAGUCAGGCUCGAUUUCUUUUGUCCAAAGUGAACCCAUCUCAGACGCACAAUAACCUGUAUGCAUGGGGACAGGAAACUGGAGCGCCCAUCCUAACUGAUGACGUCAGCCUGCAGGUAUUCAUGGAUCACCUGAAGAAGCUGGCUGUCUCCAGUGCCUGCUAAUCUGAGGAUGUGACCAGGAAAUUGAAGAAAACACUGUCAGAUCAUGCUCACAAUUGUUUAUAAAGGCUUAUUAGUAACAUUCCUUUCACUUUUCUGGCAGAUUUUAAUAAAUAAUCAAAGGGAAUUUUGUAUGUAACUCUUUAGAUUAUAAUUUAUUUGUAUUUCUUAUCUGUGCUCUUUUUCUUGCACCAUAAAAUUAUAAGGUCAUAAAUGUUUUGGUACUUGUAGAUGUUUAUUGCUUUUUUAUCCUAACUUUUAUAGUCUAAAUAAAAUCAGAGGUAAUGUAUUUUGGCAACGUUUUCAAUGAAAAUCUUUGUAAUCAUAGAAGAAAUAAAUCUGGAUGAGGAAAGUACUGGCUAAAAUAAUGCUAAUACA